AUGGAAAAUAGGAACAACGUCACAGAAUUUGUUCUCUUAGGACUAUCCAGUGAGAAAAAUUUGCAGAUUUUCUGCUUUGGGCUGUUCUUCUCCUGUUACAUUACAAUCCUCUUAGGGAAUUUCCUCAUCCUCAUCACCAUCAGAUUCAGUUCCCUCAUCAAGCAGCCCAUGUACUUCUUCCUCUGCCAAUUGUCUCUCAUGGACCUCUGCUACACUUCCACGGUGACUCCCAAACUGGUCAGAGAUUUGCUGUCUGAGAAGAAAACCAUCUCCUUUGGCCACUGCAUGAUGCAACUCUUCAUCAUGCACUUAUUUGGUGGUGUGGAAAUCUUCAUUCUUGUGGGGAUGGCCUAUGAUCACUAUGUUGCCAUCUGCAAACCCCUACACUAUAUGGUCAUCAUGAACAAUCAGCGGCGUGCCACAUUGGUUGCAGUUUGCUGGGGAGGAGGAUUUCUCCAUUCAAUUGUCCAGUGGCUCCUUGUCAUUGUUUUGCCCUUCUGUGGCCCUAAUAAGAUUGAUCACUAUUUCUGCGAUGUUUAUCCUCUCCUGGAACUGGCUUGCUCAGAUACCUAUGUGACUGGAUUUUUAGUCCUCGCCAAUUCAGGGACAAUUGGGUUGGUUUCUUUUGCAGUCUUGUUCUCCUCUUACAUCACUAUUUUGGCCAGUCUAAGGACCCACUCUUUGGAAGGACGUCACAAAGCCCUCUCCACCUGUGCUUCCCACAUCACCGUGGUGGCAUUGUUUUUCUUGCCCUCUAUCUUCAUUUACCUCUGGCCAGCCCAGACCUUCCACGAGGAUAAGGUGUUUGCUCUGUUUUAUACCAUCAUCGCCCCCAUGUUCAACCCCCUCAUCUACACGCUGAGAAACAGAGAGAUGAAAACGGCCAUGAGAAAGGUGUGGUGUGGGAAGCCACGACAGAGGGUGGCUAUCCAUACAUUUUAUAACCUGGCCCAUUUGAGACCGGACUACAUCAAAGGAGGCCUGUUUAACCAAACGUGUGAUUUCAAGUUGGAUUUAGAUCCCAAGAGAGAAUUGGUUACGGUCCAUAAUCAUUUGAAUACGAAAAGGAAGCCAGAUUACAAGGACCUAGGUUCGAAUUGGCUGACUCUUUUUGGAAAAUUGAGCGAGGAUUGUGAAUUUCAGUCUUCGCCAAAAUCACAAUCUUAA